AUGUUCGAAGACAUCCAGUUGAUCUACAUGAACAUCAAGAUACUGCGCUUCUGGGCCCUUUUGUAUGACAAGAACAUAAGGCGUUAUGUGUGCAUCGGACUGGCCUCUUUCCACAUCUUCACCCAGAUGGUCUACAUGAUGAGCACCAAUGAAGGAUUAAUCGGGAUUAUAAGGAACUCCUACAUGCUCGUCCUGUGGAUUAAUACAGUGCUAAGGGCUUACCUUUUGCUGGCUGAUCAUGAUAGAUAUGUGGCUUUGAUCCAGAAUCUAACCGAGGCCUAUUAUGAUCUCUUGAAUCUGAAUGAUUCGUAUAUAUCGAAGAUUUUGGCUGAGGUGAAUCGAGUGGGGAGAUUAAUGGCCAGAGGGAAUCUGUUCUUUGGAAUGCUCACCUCCAUGGGUUUCGGACUGUAUCCGCUAUCCUCAAGUGAAAGAGUCCUUCCUUUUGGCAGCCGAAUACCAGGACUGAAUGAGUACGAGAGUCCCUACUACGAAAUGUGGUACGUCUUUCAGAUGCUAAUCACCCCAAUGGGAUGCUGCAUGUACAUACCAUAUACAAGCCUGAUUGUGGGCCUGAUUAUGUUCGGGAUUGUACGUUGCAAGGCACUACAGCAUCGUCUACGUCAGGUGGCCAUAAUUCAUCCGUAUGGAGACCGCGAUGCCCGGCAAUUGCAGGAGGAGAUUAUUGCCUGCAUUCGAUACCAGCAGAGCAUUAUCGAGUACAUGGAUCAUAUCAAUGAGCUGACCACAAUGAUGUUCCUCUUUGAAUUGAUGGCCUUUUCAGCCCUACUCUGUGCCCUGCUCUUUAUGCUGAUUAUUGUCAGCGGCACUAGCCAGCUGAUAAUUGUUUGCAUGUACAUCAACAUGAUUCUGGCCCAAAUUCUGGCUCUCUAUUGGUAUGCAAAUGAGCUAAGGGAACAAAAUCUGGCCGUGGCCUCGGCAGCCUAUGAAACUGAAUGGUUUACUUUUGAUAUCCCCAUGAGGAAAAACAUUCUCUUCAUGAUGAUGAGGGCUCAGCGACCAGCUUCGAUACUCCUUGGUAAUAUACGCCCCAUUACCCUGGAGCUUUUCCAGAACCUACUGAACACCACAUACACGUUUUUUACGGUCCUCAAGCGAGUGUACGGAUGA